UUGUUUAGGUUCCUCAGUAGUAAUUCCGAAGCUCUUUAUGGCACAAAACCAUGGAUUCAUCAGAAUGAUACUGGAAACGUCUGGUACACAUCACGUGUCUCUUCAGUAGACUUGCCUAAAAACAGGCUAUUCAAUCCCCAAAUUGAAGGAGAAACCACGAUAUAUGCAUGGGUACUAGAUAUGCCAACAAUGGAUCUGGAAUUGAAGAACGUGAAAACAACGGAUGAGACAAAGGUAACCUUCCUCGGUACCGAUGUCUCAUUCAAACCAGGAUCCCAAUCUACCCUGUUGAUCAAAUUCGACAACAUUCCAUGGCGGCACUUACUUCGUAACGAUGUUAUGGUCUUGAAAAUUGAGAACGCCGCAUCGCAAAUGCGUGUUCCACAUAAAGGUGAUCAUCGUGGUAAAUCAAGGACAAACGCAAGGAAAUUCGUCGAUUUUCGAUGGGCAUACGAUGCCUUAUAA